AUGUACAGUAUUCUGAUUCUCACCUUAUUCCUGGAAUCCGCCUACGCCUUCCAAUAUCAGUAUAGUGAUCGUUUGGAUUACAUGAAAUUCCGAGAGUUCAAUAUGGUCUCUGAUGGUCUUGAGAACACCGUGGACUCCAGUUUUCCAAAUGUCGAAAUUUUCAUAAAAUGGAGUAGCUGGAGUUGUUGCUCGGCGUGUUGCUGUCCGAAAUCUGUUUGUAGAAAGUUUGAGACCAGUGGCGAUAAAUGCAACUCUGUGAAAUCCUACCAAAAUCGUCGUGGAGACUUUAUGGUUCGUCGGAAGGGACCAACUGGAAACAAUGAUCUGGAAAUUUUAUUUAACAAAGGUCCCCAUGUCAAACUAUUGGAAGCCUUGAAAAUCUUAGAAAUCCACUUGCAACUCGACAAUUCUCGAAUCUCACUGACCGAAAAGCUGAAUGUGGCACCUGAAACUUUGGCCGUUUUCCAGACAAAAAACUGCAAAGACCACAUUCAGAAAUUGGAUUGUUGGGUGUUGGCAAAGUGCCUUUAUAACUCCACAGAUAUGCUUCCCGAGAAGGAAAUCGCCAAAAUUGACGAACGAGAUGUUUGUGAGAAUGCGUCUAUUUUUGUGCUUCGUGACGCCUACAAUAUUUUAAGCUUGAUGCCCGAGAAAUUGUAUAAACUGCAAAUUGAUCGAAAAAUUGUAGCUGGAAACAUUGUGAAUGUUAAUUACACUAUUGAUGGGGAGGUUGUGGAAAAGCUGAAUCAUGUGAGGGAUUGUGAACAUCAGAAGAAGAGAGUGUUCCAACACCCAAACGGAGAAGACCUAAUAGUACGUCUGACCGAGGAGCAGCUAUCUAAAAACCCAAAGAUCAUCGCUGUUAUCAGUUUGCAACAAUCAGCACGUCUCGAAAUUCGCGUUGAUAUGGUGUUGAAGACGAAGAGAAAGAGAGAAAUCGAGACGAAAGAUGGCGAUUGGUUUUCGAUUGUUCUCAUUUCCUCGUUAGCUGUCGGCAGUCUCAUUCUUCUCGGACUCUCUCUAUUCUACCUUCGCUAA